AUGGCUUCCUCAACAGCCCAGAUUAAUGUUCUUGGGGGUGUUGGUGGGAUUGGCAGUACAUCUUCAAGAAAACACAAAUUUUCUUUUGCGCCAAGAUCAGUUUUCUUUGGUCAAAACCUAGGAAAAACCAAAGCUUCGUUCUUAAAACAUACAAACAAUGCUUCAAGAAGAAGGUAUAGUACCGGACCAGUUAGGGUAGUGAAUGAGAAAGUUGUUGGGAUUGAUCUGGGGACCACCAAUUCGGCGGUGGCGGCAAUGGAAGGUGGGAAACCCACGAUAGUUACGAACGCCGAGGGGCAGAGGACUACGCCAUCUGUUGUGGCGUAUACCAAAAAUGGGGAUAGGCUUGUGGGGCAGAUUGCGAAAAGGCAGGCGGUGGUGAACCCGGAAAAUACCUUCUUUUCGGUCAAGAGGUUUAUUGGGAGGAAGAUGAGUGAAGUAGAUGAGGAAUCUAAACAGGUUUCUUAUAGGGUUGUGAGGGAUGAGAAUGGAAAUGUGAAAUUGGAGUGUCCUGCUAUUGGGAAACAGUUUGCUGCUGAAGAGAUUUCAGCUCAGGUUUUGAGAAAACUUGUGGAUGAUGCUUCAAAGUUCUUGAAUGACAAAGUGACCAAGGCAGUUGUUACUGUGCCUGCUUACUUCAAUGAUUCCCAAAGAACAGCAACAAAGGAUGCUGGUCGCAUUGCUGGGUUGGAAGUUCUUCGAAUCAUCAAUGAACCUACUGCUGCAUCGUUAGCAUAUGGAUUUGAAAAGAAGAACAAUGAGACCAUCCUAGUAUUUGACCUUGGUGGUGGUACUUUUGAUGUUUCAGUGCUUGAGGUUGGUGAUGGAGUCUUCGAAGUGCUUUCUACUUCUGGAGAUACACAUCUGGGUGGUGAUGAUUUCGACAAGAGAGUUGUUGAUUGGCUUGCUGGUAACUUUAGGAGAGACGAGGGUAUUGAUCUUUUGAAGGAUAAACAAGCACUUCAGCGGCUAACCGAGACAGCUGAGAAAGCUAAGAUGGAGCUGUCUUCUUUGACUCAGACAAAUAUCAGUUUGCCGUUCAUCACUGCUACUGCUGAUGGCCCCAAGCACAUUGAGACCACUCUAACAAGGGUCAAGUUUGAGGAAUUAUGUUCUGAUCUGCUUGACAGGCUUAAAACCCCAGUUGAGAAUUCCUUGAGGGACGCCAAAGUGUCCUAUAAGGAUUUAGAUGAAGUGAUUCUUGUUGGUGGAUCAACACGUAUUCCAGCUGUACAGGAGCUUGUGAGGAAGCUGACUGGGAAGGAUCCUAAUGUCACAGUUAAUCCAGAUGAAGUUGUUGCCCUAGGUGCUGCAGUGCAGGCUGGUGUUUUGGCUGGAGAUGUCAGUGACAUUGUGCUGCUGGAUGUGACUCCAUUAUCUCUUGGUCUGGAGACCCUAGGAGGGGUUAUGACAAAAAUUAUCCCCAGAAACACUACACUUCCAACCUCCAAAUCAGAGGUGUUCUCAACUGCUGCUGAUGGACAGACAAGUGUAGAGAUUAAUGUUCUCCAGGGUGAAAGAGAGUUUGUGAGGGACAACAAAUCUCUUGGCAGCUUCCGCCUGGAUGGUAUCCCUCCAGCUCCACGAGGGGUUCCUCAAAUUGAGGUGAAAUUUGACAUUGAUGCCAAUGGUAUUCUCUCUGUUGCUGCCGUUGACAAAGGCACAGGAAAGAAGCAAGACAUCACCAUUACUGGUGCUAGCACCUUACCCAAUGAUGAGGUUGAGAGGAUGGUCAGCGAAGCUGAGAAGUUUGCGAAGGAGGACAAGGAGAAGAGAGAUGCUAUUGACACAAAGAACCAGGCAGAUUCUGUCGUCUACCAGACUGAGAAGCAGCUUAAGGAGUUAGGGGAGAAGGUUCCAGCCCCUGUCAAGGAGAAGGUUGAGGCAAAACUCCAAGAGCUCAAGGAUGCAAUUGCCGGUGGAUCAACUCAAGGUAUGAAAGAUGCCAUUGCUGCCCUCAAUCAAGAAGUCAUGCAACUUGGCCAGUCCCUGUACAAUCAACCAGGUGCAGCACCUGGUGCUGGCCCUGCCCCUGGCGGCAGUGAAGCUGGACCCUCAGAUGCAUCCACCAAGGGACCCGAUGGAGGAGAUGUAAUCGAUGCAGAUUUCACAGACAGCAAAUGA